AUAGAAGUUAUUUCCAACAGCCAUAGUCGCUCUCGCGCCAAGGCCACUACCAAAACCGUCCCCCGUUCUCGACCUUCCGCUUCCCUGUUCCUGCAUCCUGUGUCUUCGAUCAUGGCAGCGGCUUCGUGGGAACAGGAGAUGGUCGGCUGGCUUCGGUGCUCGGAGGGCCAGAGGUCAAGUUUUAAUGCGAUAUAAAACAAUAUACAUUGCCUUUCCGAAUCCCGAACAACAGGAAGCUAAGAUUAUACGCUCCCAGCAAAAACAAGUUACACUGUCCUAAAAGGAAUAACUAUGUGUGACAAUAUCACGCCAGAUACUGAAGCUAGCGGCCAGGAUGAUUUUAAGCCAGAGAGCCUUAUCCAGGAUGCCGUAUUACUACCAAAGAAGCAAUGCCUGACGGAUAAUUCGUCCCUAUUACCUGCUGAAUUAAAGUCACAAAUAUUUUUCGAAAUUUCAGACUUAAAAACGCUUUCAAAUCUCUCCCAAGUAUCCAAGGCGUUUAGGACUGUCUUUAAUAGAAGAGAAAAGGAUUAUUAUAACUCUACCCGUGCUGCAGAAUUCAGAAGCGGAGAGCUUCCACUUGAUACUGCAGUGGACUCUAUUAUCAGACAUAUACAAAAACGCGAUCCGAAAACAGCUCUAAUGUUUUUUGAAGCUACUUGGAAUAGCCCUGGAGGUAGAAGCGGUUCAGCAAGGAGAAACUGCGACUUUACAGAUAUGCUUUCGGGACGGUUAGAUACUGAAGAGUAUGACAUAUUGCUUUUGUCACUACAUACUAUGUACGACCAUGUUACACUGGAAACAUCAUGGACUGCCUGGGCAAAUGCACUUGUGGCACUCACUUGCAUAACAGAAAGCUUUGGUAAAGUUGCCGUCAGUGGCGUAAGGAUGGAACUAUGGAUCCUAGAUCAAUUUUCUUCAAGACAGCAAGAAAUGAUAGGCCAAGGCGUGUUAGAAGGCGAGAAGAAAAACGCGCGAUUCGUGUUAAACGGGUUAAGAAGACACCAUACCAGGCGGCGGCAUCGCGAGGAAAAGAGGCAUCUGGAAUGGAACCAUCUCGAAAGAAAGAAGAAGCACACUGACAACCUGGCUGAAGUGCUUCAGGCUAUCAUCCAUGUUGACAAAAGCAUCAGUGCAGUAGCAGAGUUUAUGCUCCUCGAGUCUCAAAGCCGCCCCGGGCGCCAUGCCGAUUUUCAUGGCGGGGUGCAGUGCAUAUGCGAUCCCUCAACAUGCCGCCAUACUGCAGAUGCCAACGAUGUACUCCAGGCACUUGAGGAGAUCUGCACUGGUCACAUUUUGAAUAAUAUCGACAACUCUGCUCAUGAAGCAAUACGCGUAUUUAUGCUUACGCCACCAUACUAUACCCACAUUGCUAGAGAACGACAUGAAAGGGUUCAAAGUAUGUUCGAUGAUAAGUAUGGGAGGUUUGAGCCUGACAGCGAGGACGCGGACCUUUAAUGUGAACGCAUUGCUACGGAACGACUAGAAAGCCCCUACCGGCAGGACCGGUGGCGUGGCAGGAUGCGCAGUGAAUCCCUGAGGGCCUA